CUCACCUGGGAGUUCAAUUCAGUGGGACAACUUUAGCCAUGUGACGAUGGCUUGGGACUAUCUACGUGGCCGAAGGAGCGAAAUGGCGCGAAUCUGCGACGCUGCCACUUGAUGUUGGUGUCGCCAUGCUCGAAUGUGGUGCGUGGCCCCGUUCCCACCGCACUGCCUUUGCAACACAAUGCAUCCUGCACUUGGUCCUUAUGUGAUGGGAAGAGUUUUUCUCAUGUUGUAGGAAGUGUGAGAAGCAUGGUGCUUUCGGAGGCCAAAGAGCAUUGUGUCAAACUUGGCAGGUUGUGUCGAGGUGUUACUUGUGAGGCCGCCUCAAACUGCAGCGCGAUGACUGGGCACCAAGUUCUGAAUCAAUCGGCGACCAGCUACACGAAAUUGUGUGUGUUCUUUGGGGACGAAACCUUCAAAAGCAGCACUUUGCAUGCUGCUUCGCAAGAUGUCCCAAGCUCUGAUGUUGCCAUCGUUGUUUUGGCUCACAAUCGAAAGAACGAUUUAUCAAUUUGUUUGGAUUCUUUGUUGCGUUUGCCGGAUGCCAAACUCUUUCAAGUCUAUGUUUCCUUGGAUGACGACUCGGCUUACUCUGAGAUGCAGGAGGCGGUCAUCAACAUCUCCGGACAUUAUGGUCAAGAAAUCGGAGUUUGGUUUGUCAAGCCGCGCGCGGUUAAUUUCGCGGUCGACAACGGAGAGCAGCAGAAAUGGUUCAAAACCAGCACUGGCAAGAUUGCUCAUCACUACUGGUCUGCUUUUGAGCGGGUGUUUAUGAAGCAGCAACACGAUGCAGCAAUUUUCCUGGAGGAAGAUUUGGUUGUCGCUCCUGAUUUCUUAGCACUUUUUCGAAGCACUGCCUGGGUUCUUGCAGAGGAUCCAAGUGUGUGGUGUGUCAGUGCAUGGAAUGAUGGAGGCUUUGCCUUUGCGGUGUCUGAUCAGUGCCGUCUUUUUCGAACGACCUAUUUUCCCGGUCUGGGUUUCUUGCUGCAGCGUAAGGUGUGGAUAAGGCUGAGGGAAGAGUGGCCAUCGGCACCGACGAUGGGAUGGGACUAUUGGAUGCGAACCGCCUUCCGCCGAGCAGACAAGGAGUGUAUUAUUCCAGAAGUGCCCAGGAGCCGACAUGAAAGCAGGAAGGGCUCAUCCAUCGUCACGCGGAAGCAGGUGGAAUACUUUGAGCUGAUGGCUUUAUCGCAGCAAAGCAGCUCUUGCGAUGGCACGAGGCCAUGCAACCACUUUGGGAACAUCGACUACUUAUUGAAAGACACCUAUGAGUUUUGGAUGCACUCGGCCUUGCACAAAGCUGAGAGAAUGACGGGCUCAAGCCACUUGUUCCAAAGCGGCCAAGAAUGUACAUCAGAGGCCAUCAAUCUUGGGCAUCUGGCAACUCCAGAAGACUGUGCCGCGCUGGUUGGCCUCGGGGAAUGUAGUGAAUAUUUUGGUUUCGCUCGCCAGUACCCCUACUGGGGCUGCCGCUGCUGUCGAUUUGGCAAGAAAAUCGGCAAAGAACAUCCUGGGAAGGCUUGGUCCAUUUACAGAGCAUCAUUGACAGGUGAUCCAGGGAAGACGUAUGUGUUCCCAUAUACCUUUGAGAACUACAUGAGCAUCGCUCCAUCCUUCGGAUUGCAGCCGGAAGGCAUGGCAAAUUUGGUUCCCCCGGAUGUUCGUGCGGAGCACUACGGUUUGGUGGUUGGAAAACAUCUGACCUCCCAGGCUGUUGUUCUGCUGGUUGACAAGAGAAGCCCGAAACCAUACCUUCCUGUUGAUGAGCAGCUGUCUCCUGAUCCCAGGCUGAUGCCCAUGGCAGGUGCCAAGGGCCAGUCGUGUGAUGAGGUCUGCCAGCAAAGAAGGAUGAGCUGCUCAGCUGAACAGUUGCAUUUUCUGAACAACUGCAUCAACAUGACAGCUCAUUUUGGUUGCAAGUUCUGCGCCCACCAAAGUGGUGCCGAACUCCCAGCCUAUGUGGCAGAUGACUUUGAGCCGACGGUCGGACAGUGUUUGGUGACCUUCAUUUCGCAGCUCCAAUGCAACACGAAGCACCCUUCAACCCGAAGGCUUUGUCCCUGCAUGGCACAGACAGCGUGAAGAGAAAUUGCCUUUUCUGCGGGGGCGCCAUGACUCACAGAUUCUAAACACUCGAGGCGCGCCGGUUCGUGCGGCCGUGCCCAGUCACUGGCGGCCUGAAACCAACCUGACGUGACCCCUGUGAUGCUUGUAACACGUUCGGGCCAACGGCUGGGAAAGCUUUUUGGAUCAGCGAUUCCGAUCAGUAUGUGAACC